UAAAAAUUGAUGAUUUGCAAAUUUCUUUAUAAAACUAUUAUACUGCAAUUUAAAUUUCUGUGCAUUUUAAAGAUAUUUUCCGCUUUUUGCUGACACAACAAACUAAAACGGUAGAACGAUGUAGAUUUCUAGAUUUAGUGUACUCCAUUUUCGCGUUUCGACACAAAGGAAGGUCAAAGUCAUUAUAUUGUUACACACGCUGUAACAGCAAGGUAGACAAUCCGUCCAAGAACCGUUGCAAGAAUCGUCGACCAGCUCACAGUUAGAAGGAAUGAAGAUCAUAAUGGAACGCUCCGCAUCCACAUUUUUAACCCUCUUCCUAGCGGGUAUCGAGGAUCACCGAGGGACAGCCUCCGGAGCAGCUCCUCCCACGGAUCCGCAAUAGAUAAUAGGUCACUCCUAUCAUCUUUGAGUUGAUCUUGCGUUCUUAUCUAGCAGUUGCGGUGCUCGAGUGCUGUUAUCGCCGGAAGAUUUUAUGAGAAGGAGGACCAGCUGCAGCAACCGCACUCAGUGAACGCAAAGACGUUGAUGGAGACGUCUAUGACGAGGAUCGCACAGUUUCCGUUACCUUGUCGUUGCAACAUUGUACUGAUUUGCGAGCGCGUCGCGAUCAUAUCAGUGUAGUGCACCUGCACGGCCCUCAGAAUGGUUAAUUACAUUAGGAUAGCGAUCCGUGUAGUGGCGAUGGAGAUGGCGGACACCAGAACAGUAAUCAAACAGUGGUGCCAGGAAGAAAUCUGGCAUGCGAGAAAAGGAUUCCAGGAGAUUACUACAAACUCGACGAGUCUGCUAUCGACUUUUCUAUCAACAUGGUCAAAAUAUAUCUUCGUAUUGAUGUUCUUAGGCUUGCUUAGUCUCCUGUGCGGUUACGUCAUACUGGUAUGCCAACCCUACGAAUACAUUUUAAAGUUCAAGACAACAUUCACGGAAGGUGGUGAAAUCUUCCAACUAUGGGAAAAACCUGAAGUCAAUCUCUAUCUCAAAGUCUACUUAUUUAACAUAACAAAUCACGAGGAAUUUCUAGACGGUCGGGAGAGUAAGCUGCGAUUCCAACAAGUUGGACCUUACGUAUACAGAGAGUUCUUUUCACAUAACAACAUAGUUUUCAACAAUAAUGGUACCUUAUCAUCAAUACCUUCGCAUCCGCUCCAGUACAUGCCAGAGAUGAGCAACGGCACGGAAGAGGAUCUUCUAAUAUUGCCGAACAUCGCGUUGUUCAGCAUCACAAACGUGAUGAGAGACGCCUCGUACAUAUCCAGAUGGGGUUUAAAUAUGCUGAUCCGUCAAACAGACACUCGUCCUCUAGUUCAAAUGACUGCACAUGAGUUCAUGUUUGGCUACGAAUCAACUCUCGUAACACUUGGCAACCAUUUGAUGCCCAGUUGGAUUAAAUUCGAUAAAUUGGGAUUAAUCGACAGGAUGUAUGAUUUUGACGGUGACUUCGAGACCAUUUACACGGGAAAGACUGACAUCCGAUUGACAGGCUUGAUCGAAAAAUACAAUGGGGAUGUGAAUUUACCACAAUGGAGCGGUAAAUGCGCGAAUGUGCAAGGUGCGAGCGAUGGUGUUAAGUUUCCAAGCUAUAUCCAACCGAAUGACACGCUCCUGUUCUUUCGCAAGAGUCUCUGCCGAAGCGAACGAAUGAUACAUGUUGGAGAAAAGUUUAUAAACGGUUUACACACAUAUCAAUUCACGUUUAUGGAGAACGAAUUUGAUAACGGGGCAGUGAAUCCAGAAAAUAAAUGCUUCUGUCGUAAGGGACGGUGUCUGAAAUCUGGAUUACUUGAUGUAACUGAUUGUUAUUAUGGAUUUCCAAUCGCCUUGUCAUAUCCACACUUCUACCAGAGCGACCCGUCACUGUUGGAAGUCCUUGAAGGGCUGGAACCUAAAAAGGAGCUACAUGAAUCCUACUUCUUCAUCCAGCCAAAAAGUGGAUUACCCGUGGACUUGGCAUUCCGAUUCCAAAUCAACAUGGCUCUGCAAGAUAUCGGACACAUGGAGCGGAUGGAGAAAUUCAUUAAUUUCACGUUUCCGAUGUUGUGGUUCGAAAUCGGAAUGUACGAGUUACCGUACAGCCUAAAUAUGCGUUUCUGGUUUUACUUGAGCGUUCUGCCGGUCGCCGAGGAAGUGACGACAUAUCUGCUGUUCCUGUUCGGCGCAGUGCUGCUUAUCUGGAGCGUCGUAAAGAUACUAUCUUAUCAAGUAAAGGAAUCGCCGACAGAUUGGCUAGAAACGGAAAUGGAAAGAAGACGGCACAGGGCCAAGAACGACAAGCUGACCGGUUGGAAAGAAAAGGAGAUGGACACGUAUAACUCAUUCUUGACGCCGGAUGAUGCGAAUCUCACAAUGACAGUGCAGUAAUUCAGUGAUCAAGCCAUAGCCACGCAGACAGUUAGGACGUUGUUUCUCGCCGAUAAAUAAUAAAUAGCUCGUUUGGUCAUUUAUUAGUAAAAUGCGUGUGAUCGCUCGAGUAUCAAAAAAUUCCUUCAGAUUUCAGCAGGGGGUUUAACAUGCGUCGAAGCCAUAUUAGGGGUCUGUCAUCUCGUAAGAUCUCGUAAGAGCAGAUAAUAGGCGGAAAAUCCCGUUAUGUGAAAGACAACGAGAUAAAAUCUCAAAAAUGAUUAAUGCAACUCGUUGUCUGCACUGGACGUGUAUUUCCGCGUGCGUAAGUCCCGAACAAAUGUGUUCCGCUUAUGUAAAUAAAAUAUUAUACGUAACAUGACAAAAAAAGCAUAUUCACGUAUCAGGGUAUCUAAAGCUGCAAGAGAGAAUGAUUUAAUCUAAUUUUAGUUAAUUAAUUUAAUCUCAUUUUAAUCAGAUUGACAUUCGCGAGUUUAUAAACAUUUGCAAAAUAUUUUUCGAUCUACGUCCAGCCAUAUGAAUAAUAUUCACACAUAAUCCGCGACGUCGGAACUGUUUCUGUAAUAAAUGUUAGACAGUGCAAUUUUUUCGUAAUUAUUCUCGAUUACAAUUUGAUUCGAUUAGAAUUUUUGAGAACAGUUCGCUCGAUUUCUAUAACAUAAUUUAUAUGUUAAUGCAAUUUGUUAUGUAUUAGAAUAGAUUUUAAUAGUAAUGUUUAUCUUUGUACUUCAUAGUAUUACAGUGAACCACUUUCUUGUUCAUGAUUGCUGUUAGUUACGAAGAUACGUUUCUUGUAUGCCAAACGAUACAAAUAACGCAAUCUACAUUAGUAUUAUUACACAUGUAUGCUGCGUAUUUGAUUCAUACAAUGUACAUACAUCGAAGAGCAGCUAAAUUUUCAUGGGUUUAAUUUUCACUCAUUUGUCAUUUGAAACGAAUACUCUCGAAUAAAUUUUUCCGAUUAAAACUUGAGAGUCUCAUAAAAUAGGAAAUCGAAACUUUUUAAUAAUUGUUCUUUUGUAAUUGAACUCUAUAAUAAUUCAGCGUGGCAGUCAAUGCGUUAAAAAUAUAAUAGUAUCACAUCUUGAAGUCUAAUGCCAACGAGAAAAUCAGAUGAUUUAUUUUUUUGUGACGAUACGUUUAGCUUUGUUUAAUAAUUCGAUAUCAAGACUGACAUAUCGUACAUGAUAUAGAUUAGCGUAGUUGUUAAGAAAACAAUCUAAUUCCGAAGCAGUGAUUAGGUAAUAGAUCACAGCUUGCAAUAAAAUAUGUGCGCAGAAAGCAAUAGCGAUUGAUAAAAUCAAAUAGCACGAUCAACUACACAUAACAAACAUUCAUGAUUCUUAUCAAAUAAAAUAAAAUUAUGACGUCACUU